UAAUAAACAACUGCGUAAAAAUGAAUAAACUGUUACUGGUGUUAUAUUUCGUUCUUGCCGUCAUCAGUGUUAAUUCGCAGUUGAUAGGUAAAUUUCUCGCUGGAGCACAGAAUACAGCAACAAAGUUACUGAAAUCUGACAACAACAACGACGGAAGUGGCAACUAUUAUUUCAAUUAUGAACAAUCUGAUGGCACGAAGCACGAGGAAACGGGUGUACUUAAAGAUCCAGGUAGUCUUAAUCCAUUUGUAGUGGCCAAAGGAUUUUACGAAUGGAUUUCACCUGAAAACAGAAAAUAUCACGUCCAGUAUGAAGCUGACCAAAACGGAUAUCGACCAAAAGUAGAAGAAGGCCCCGGGGCAACUCCCAUCAGAGUGGUAGCUACUAUGAUGGGUGGAUAAUUAAAUAUUUACAAUUAGUUAAGUAUUAAGAGUGUAUGUUAAAAAAAUAUAUAAAAUAUACGUAAUUUUUUUUUUAAUAUAUCUCAGCAACUACUAUUAAUUAGUCCACACAUACCUACUGCAAUGAUUUUUUUUAUUUUUUUUCUCUACAGUGUUCAAUUGGAAUAAUCAAAAUUUAAAAAUUACUCCAGUAGUUUAAUUGGAUGUAAUUGUUUGUUUGUUACCUUAACGGCUUAAUAAAUUACUAUGAAAUUUGGUAUAUGUAUGGGAUGAAAAAUGAUAUAGCGUAUUUUUAUCCCAGCCAGUAAACAUAUCCCGAUCAUAUGAACGAAGUUGCGACUAAAAGCUAGUCUAAAACAAUUAUAGUUUAUAAAGGAGUAUGUAAACAUUAUAGGAAAAAUAUAAUGAAGUUUCUAACUUCCAUAAUUAAAAAAAAGCCUUAAAAAGAGAGUUCCUAGUUACAGUAACGAUAAAAAUAUUUAUCAAUUUUUAAUUUCAUAUAAACGAUAAGGUUAUUUUAUCUUAUAUCUAUUUACCCUUAUACAUUUAUACAUAUUCACACAUAUUUUAAAUAUUUUUUUAUCUGAAAAAAAAAACGUAAAGCUGCUUAUAGAUUAUUUUAUUUACGCAAUCCUCAGCACAUGAGUUCACCUCACACUUGAUAUCCGUUUUAUUUUUGAAGUGCUUUUAUUUUUCUUUCCAAAAUAUUGAAGUUAAAAACUUAACGGAAAUACAUACACAGCACGGCAUUAACACUCCAAAAUAAUAUCCACAAUAUGCGAAUAUACCAACUCAUCAUGAACAGAAAUGUUUGUAUUUCGAGGAUCGAAUUUGCAAGUAACUAAAGAAGUAUAUUGACAUUAUUAAAAAAAUACUUGUACUAUUUUACAAUUGUCAUAAUUAAUACUUGACCAGUUUUUCCGUUUAAAGUAUUUCCAAAUCUUUAUAAAAAUUUGCUUUUAAAACAAAACAUUUCACUAGUACAGAUAUUUUUCUAAUAAUAUUAAUAUGCGUACAAAGCGCCACAAUCAAUAUUAUUAAAAUAUUAAAGCAUAUAUGGUUAUUUAUUAACAAAAUAAAAACAAAUUAACCACUUAAUAGCAAAACCAGGCUACUACCCAAACUGUUAAAAAAAAAAACUGGCUGCAAUUCCACAUAAAAAUCCAUUACAUGCUACGAAAUGUCACUAUUAGAUAAAUAAAAACAAAUCUAAUAAGAAAGUACAAAUGGAAAUAAACUUAUUCUAAUAUAGAACAGAUUUCAAAAGAAGUUUGAAUUUAAAACAAAAAUAUGUAUGAACAAGAAUGUAUAAAGCAAUGUCUCAUAUUCACUUGGCUGAAUUCAAUACAGCAAGGGCGUUAUUUUGAAUUCAGUCAAGGUAAUAAUUUUG